AUGGCGAGUACGGACGACCUGCCGUCAACGUCAGAGGGCUCCGAGACAGGAUUCGAAACCGGAGGAUCGGAUGAGUUUCCCUACAAAGAGGCCCCAGUGGUGCUGGACGUGCGGGGUUUGGAUCUCGGCUCGAACACAACGUGCAUCCCGGAGUUCUCGGCGAACCUCCAGCAAGUGAACCUAGCGGGCUGCAACCUUGCUUCGGUUCCGAACGAGCUCUUCUGCUGUCUGAAGACUUUGAACACUCUCAACUUGUCGUUGAAUAAGAUUGAAACCCUUUCGCCUAAAUUCGGAAGAUUCGGCAGGUUGCGCUCGUUUUACGCCGAUUUCAACGAUCUUUCUGAGGUUCCUGCGGAGCUUGGAUGUUUACACGACCUUGAGGUGCUAUCCCUGAAGAGCAAUCGAUUGAGAGAAAUUCCACAAGAGUUCUGUCAUCUAGCGAACCUGGAGAAGAUCUCGUUGGCAGCCAACGGAUUGUGGAAAUCCCCGGAACCCCUUUUCCCCUAUUGGACCCAUCUCCGACACUUGGAUUUGCGGAAAAACGCUCUGAAGGCUCGGCUCGAUCUCAAUUCGAUAGCCUGCCUGCGUUACCUGGAAAUCUCGGAGAAUGCAAUUCCGGAAAUAAGAUUGGAAACUCUGCGCGACUUAGAGUACGUGGAUUGCUGUCAUAAUCAACUGUCCAAGCUCCACCUCAAUAGUCAGAAACUGCUGCACCUCAACGCUUCUUUCAACAACCUUUCGAGCUUGACCGGUUCAAGUCACGUCACUUCGCUACUGUUUCUUGACGUUUCGAACAAUCAACUUCCACAUUGUCCACCGUGGAUUUGCCAAAAUACGAAUCUCGCCGAGAUUGAUCUAAGUCACAAUCUUUUGGAGAAACUGCCCGAAGCUUUGCUUCUUCUGCCCCGACUGGAUACGCUCCGCGUCAAUCACAAUCGUCUCCGGAGACUUGACGUCUCGAGUGGGGCUCGUUUCUUCAUCCGUCAUAUAGAUCUCCAGCACAAUGAAAUCUCGCCGAAUAUUCCCGAUGAUUUCCUUCUGGAAGCUCCGAGAUUGGAAUGGCUAAACGCGUCAUGGAAUCGACUCCGGUCUUUCCCAAACAUCACGGGUUUCCAGCUGCCGUUUCGAUGGCUUCUGCUGUCCCACAACGAUCUGGUGGACGAUAUAUGGAGCUUCAUAAUAUGCUGUCCGAAGCUCCGGGUCUUGAGGCUCACUUUCAACAACCUACGAACGAUUCCUGACGAUCUAUACAGCUUGACGGACCUCCGAGACCUCCAUCUGACCGGGAACAAACUUUCGUCGAUGCCGUCGAAUAUUCCAUUUGUGAUGGCUCAGCUCGAAACACUACUGCUCAACUGCAAUCAACUCGCAUCCCUGCCGGCCUUCGACAAAUGUCAAUAUUUGACACGGCUCGAUGUUUCAUGCAAUCUACUGAAGGAAGUCAACCUGAGUUCGCUCGUUCCCCGCAGUCUCGAAGUUCUGGAUAUUUCCUGCAACGAGAAGAUUGGCGUAGACACCGAUGAGUUCCAACAGCUUUGCGGAGACAGGAAUGUAUCGGUGGUGGACACCAACUUCAGCGGAAGACUAGGCCCUUUUGACAAGAAUAUCACCGAUACGGCGCUCGGGAACCUCCAUUGGACCACCGGUUUCUGCGAAUCCGACCGAGGACAUUCCAGGCUGUACAUAAAUCAAUGCUCGCAAGCAGGCGCCAAACACCAGGAAGUCGUUCUUGCUAUCUGUGAGUCGUACGUCAAGCCUGCGGUCUGCUCGGAGGCCAAAGCUCAUUUGGCUGACUUGAUUCGCGAUAUGCGGAAGAAGCAUCAGGAAUCGGAGGGCGGAGCUCUCGCUCGAACGAGUGUCGCCCUCCAGAAAAUCAUCCACAAAGUGUACAAAAACCUCGAAAAACAAAUAUGUCCUCAUCAAAUGUCGAUGAUCUUGUGCCAUAUCACGCCCUCUGAAGCGAGUCCAGGUUUCCUGGAGCUGACGAUACUGCACUCUGGGGCGAUGAGCUGCAUUGUUGGAGACAUGAAGAAUAGUAGUUGUCCUUUGCAAGACGCUACUUUGGAUCGAACGAAGUUUUGUGUACACCAGGAGUGGAAAUCUUCGGCAGGGGCUGGUUUCCCGCAGCAAGGCAGGCAGAUCAGCGAAUCCCAAUUCUGCGACGCGAUCCCUCAACCGCAAACUCUGUCAUUGAAUCUGAAUGUAUCGAGUACAUCCGUCGUGAUAUUCUCCUCUUCAAUGCUGACCGAGGCGCUGACGCCGGGGAAAAUUGUCGAAGAAUUCCGCAGCAGUCCGAAUGCGGUAGCAGGUGCCAAAAGACUGAACGAUGCUGUGUGCAGCUUGAUUAGCGACAGAGGAACUUCUGUGAUUGCCAUAGAUCUAAGCCAAAGCAACCUGAAAGGAGUCGCACCCGUGAAAGACUCCCCGGAGGAUAAGAAGAGUCUGUACGCUCAGAUUAGACCAAAAUCCUUGGUGGGAAAAUCUGUGCACUUCCAACCAUUCCCUUCGGAGCCCGUUAAACAAUUGGAAAUGAAAGAUCUGAAGUCUUGUGCCAGCAACUCGGGCGGAACUUCAAGGAGACACUGGAGGCAGAGCAAACUCCUGGAUGAGUUCCCACAGAAUGGUGAAGCCUACAAAGCAUGGGAGUAUGUCCUCGAGGAAAAUCACAAGAAACUCUUUGACCAAGAGCUCGAAUCGAUAGGGAGCAUGUCUACCCAUAGCUCUUUGCCGAAGUCCAGCCUCCGACGGAAUCUUGUUUCCUUGCCGAGCGGAACUCCAAUGAGCCGAUUCUAG